UCGUCCAGUGACAGAAACGAAGCUGGGCUGUCCCGCAGCCUCUCCAAACACACACACGCCCGUCCGCCCGCGCGCGCGCGCUGUCAGCUCAAGCGCUUUUAAAGCUGUUGUGUUUGUUUUUUCUUCAGGCUGUAGAUCAGCGAGAUUUAACAGCUUUUUUGUUCAGAACGACAGGAGGGAAAGAGGAGUCGAAGGAGGCGCACCUAUCAUCCCCCCUCCAUUCAUGAAUCGGAGCUCACUUUUUUUUUUUUUUUUUUUUAGUUUCUUUCGUAUGUUUGUUCGGAGAGGUUAAAAACAAGAGCAGCCGGAGUUCACGCGACACAGUCGGAGUUUAAUGGGUUACCAUGGUGACUCAGCCAGGGAGUCUGAGCCGCGCGAGGUGAAUGGAGGGAGCACCUUGGAGUGAAGGCUGAAGAAGUGACGGAGAAGAGAGGAGAAUGGAGGACGGCUUUUCCAGCUACAGCAGCCUGUAUGACACUUCAUCGCUGCUGCAGUUCUGCAACGAUGACAGCGCAUCGGCAACCAGCAGUAUGGAGGUGACCGAUCGCAUCGCAUCCCUGGAGCAGAGGGUCCAGAUGCAGGAGGAUGAGAUCCAGCUCCUCAAAUCUGCUCUGGCCGAUGUAGUGCGCAGAUUAAACCUGUCUGAGGAGCAGCAGGCUUUGGGGUCUCGCAGGGGCCCCACCAAAGACCCUCCUAAGAUGAGAAAGUCCCCUUCAGCAGACAGCAGUGUUGGGAAGGCAGCCAGGCCAAUGAUCGCCACUCUGCCGUUAAGGCCAACAGUAAACAAUGGGACCAUCCUACCAAAGAAAGGCGGCGGCACUCUGCCCUCCCCGUCUGGACCUGGAUCCAGAAAGGAGUCAAACACAGCAGCCAAUAAGAGUUUGUCCCAUAUAUCUCCUUCUGCCAGACUUUUCUACCUGCCCCUAAGCACUGUGAGGAGAGCCAACUCUAAUGAGCACGUCGGGACCCUUACUCGGAAAGAUUCGGGCGACGCCAAAGGCAACCGAACUCGAGCCGGAUCGACUGGCAGCAACUCCAGCGGCAAAAGAAGCGACAGCAAGCAGAGGGACCCGGUGUUCAAUGCAGGGACGCGACGUGUGACCCACUGCAAAGAUGAAGGAUAUGUGAAAAUGUACUUGAAGGGUCGCCCCAUCACCAUGUACAUGAACAAAGACCAAAUGGACAGCUACUGCCUGGAGGCGAGAGCCGAGCUGCCAAGCAACAAACUCAAAUUGGACUGGGUCUAUGGUUACAGGGGAAGAGACUGUCGCUCCAACCUGUACCUGCUCCCCACAGGGGAAACGGUGUAUUUCAUAGCCUCGGUGGUCGUCCUGUUCAACGUGGACGAGCAGCUGCAGAGGCACUACACAGGACACACGGAUGACAUCAAAUGCUUGGCAGUCCACCCGGAUAAAAUCACCAUAGCAACUGGGCAGGUGGCCGGCACUUCCUCAGAUGGAAAACUGGCUCCACAUGUUCGCGUAUGGGACUCUGUCAGCCUCAACACCCUUCAUGUGCUAGGUGCAGGUUUCUUUGACAGAGCAGUAGUAUGCCUUGCUUUUUCCAAGUCGAAUGGAGGCAACACUCUUUGUGUGGUUGACGAUUCCAAUGACCACAUCCUGUCUUUGUGGGACUGGCAGAGAGAGGACAGACUUGCUGAGGUUAAGGGCUCCAAUGAGUCAGUCUUCGCCGCAGACUUCCAUCCCACAGACAGCAACGUCGUAGUGACUUGUGGGAAGUCUCAUCUAUGUUUCUGGACCUUGGAGAAAGGCAUCCUGGUCAAGAAACAAGGGCUGUUUGAGAAACAAGAGAAGCCCAAAUUUGUGAUAUGUGUGACCUUUGCGGAGAAUGGAGAUGCAAUAACAGGAGACUCCAAUGGCAACAUCCUGGUGUGGGGAAAAGGCACUAAUAGGAUCAGUCACGUCAUCCAAGGAGCUCACGAGGCCAGCGUCUUUGCAGUGUGCAUGCUGAGAAACGGCACGUUGGUGUCUGGGGGGAAAGACCGAAGGCUUAUUUCCUGGGACGGCAGCUAUCAGCAGAUACAAACCAUGGAGGUGCCAGAUUUGUUCGGUCCCAUCCGGACCGUAGCAGAAGGCCGAGGGGAGACGGUGCUGAUUGGGACCACAAAGAACUUCGUGUUGCAGGGCAGCCUUGAUGGAGAAUUCAAGUGCAUCACACAGGGUCACACUGAUGAAUUGUGGGGUCUCGCUGUUCAUCCCUGCAAGCCUCAGUUCUUGACCUGUGGUUACGACAGACAGGUGUGUCUGUGGGACUCCAGCUCUCACCAGCUCAUCUGGACCAAGACUGUUGAUGACGCCGCCCAGUCUGCAGGCUUUCAUCCUUCUGGAGCUGUGGUUGCUGUUGGGACUCAAACUGGCAGGUGGCUGGUGCUGGACACCGACUCCAAGGAUUUAGUGACUGUGCACACAGAUGGGAAUGAACAGCUGUCUGUUAUACGCUACGGGCCAGAAGGCAACUUCCUGGCCAUCGGUUCCCACGACAACUACAUCUACAUCUACGCGGUGGCAGAAAAUGGCAGGAAGUACAGUCGAGUGGGGAAAUGCUCGGGUCACUCCAGUUUUAUAACCCAUUUGGACUGGUCGGCGGACUCUCAGUACCUGGUGUCAAAUUCAGGCGACUAUGAAAUUCUUUACUGGAUCCCAUCAGUGUGUAAGCAGGUGGUCAGUGUGGAGACCACCAGGGACAUCGAGUGGGCCACCUACACCUGUACUUUGGGCUUCCAGGUCUUCGGUUUGUGGCCUGACGGCUCAGACGGCACCGACAUCAAUGCAGCAUGUCGCUCCAACGCCAAGAACCUUCUCGUUAGUGGAGACGACUUUGGGAAAGUCCAUCUCUUCUUGUACCCCUGCUCCCAGUUCAGGGCUCCCAGCCAUGUGUACGGCGGCCACAGCAGUCACGUGACCAACGUGACCUUCCUGCAUGACGACAGCUCUGUGGUGUCAACCGGUGGAAAGGACAUGAGCGUGAUGCAGUGGAGGAUCGUCUGAGCACGCAGACGGUCCUCAAUAAACACUGAAGUGCUCCGAAACGACCAAAAUGAAAGAAGCAGAUCUCCAUGAUCUGAAGCCAGAAACUCCAGCUUUGACAGAGAUGAGGUUCAGUGUUGGAGCUGCAGUGUGAAACGCUCAAAGGACACUUGUUUUCCCCAUAGGCUACAUAAACUGAAAAAAGUCCAGCUUAAAAAAACAAAAACAAACCAAAGGUUUGGUUUUAUGGUUGCACUCGUUGGAUUCUGCAAUUAUUGAGAGACUGAUGGGGCCAGAGACCCAGGAGGAGCAUAAAAUCAGUGAAAAAAGCAAAAAAAACUUCUGAUUUUCUAACACUUUUAUAUUUAAUAACUCAGGAAAGCACUAGAGAAGCAACACUUUUCCCCUGUUUUUCACAUAUCAUGGCCCCUCAGCUGCUUCUGCUUGUUGGCAUCAACUGUGUGAAAAAUGCCAAGUUUAGAAUGGAUUCUGCCCUCAAAUCACACUGUAAGAAACCUUUAAAUAUCAGGUUUAUAUUUUAUUUACCCAACCAUCUUGCAAAAUAAAAGACUAUUAUUUAUUGAUGAAAAAUUGACUUUUUUCUCCAACUUUCUCUGCAACAAAUCCCUGUUCAGCUUUAGUGAGUCGAUGUGCUUCAAGAAUAAAAAAAAGCUUUAUUUUUCCUCCACAAAACAAAGCGUUUAGUUUUAUUGAAUUAGGAUGAGUUACGGGGAAGGAUGAGACCACUGCACUGUAAUUGUCAAAUGUGUACUGUCAGUUGACUUUAUUUUGAAGGUUUUUUUUUCGCUACAAUGCACUACUUCCACCUGAUAACUAUAGAGCAGGUCUGUUACUUUUUUAGCUCUAGAUGGGAUUUUUCCAAAGUCUGUAUAUGUUCCUUAAAAUUGUGUCCAAUUUCCUGUGUUUCCACCCUUUAAGCUAAUGCAUGCCUGUGUGUACAAGUAUUGAAAAUUCUAUUGUUUGAUUGAAGUUUGAGGAAGAUUGGCUGCUUGGUGGAGUUGUUUUGAUCAGAAAGAAAGGCAAAUGUAUUUUCUGACAGACCUGAUUUAAAUUAAACAAAACACAAAGCCUGAAAAUUCACAUCCAACAUCUGACUAAAGAGUAACAUUAAAAGUGAAAUUCCUUUGA